UGUGAAAAGGAAAUAUAAAGUAUCUUGCUAGACAUUGUCGGAAAAAAUUUCAAUUAAUUUAAAAUUUAAGUAUUUUUUUACUUUAGUUUAAAAUCGUGUAAUCCCAAGGAUUACAAUUUGUCUGUAGUAAAGUUUGGUGAAAAGUUCUGUGGUCUAUAAUGUUUCUAGUCGCCUGAACUGAAAUUACAUUUUUACUCACCAUGCUCAUCGGUGAGUUGAUCUAAGUGCAGCUCCUCUGGAUUUUUUUAAGAGGAGGCUUUAAAAUUCAUCAAGAAAAUGCUUAACAAGGUAUCGUGCCUCCGUCAGCUCAUUGACAGCAGCGCACUAAAUCCAUUUCAAAUUUUAAAAUCAAAGUUUUCCACACGUUCCCAACAUGUGAAAAAGACCAAGAGGGUAGUGAGGCCUAAUGCCAGUAAUUUGAAUGAACCUCAAGAUGUUCCAUUUAUGAAUUAUGGAAAGAGUAAAAACUAUAAUCGAGUGUAUUCGUGGGGGCUGGCUGAACAUGGAGCCCUUGGGUACCUGCCAAAGCCAAAACGCAAAAGAUCCCAGCGACCCUUCUUCUUUCGCCCGCUUCGAAUCCAUUUUGCUUAUCAAUAUCCGAUUACCAAAAUGGCAUGUGGUUAUGGUUUUACAAUUUUUGGAACUGCAAAAGGAUGUAAAGAAAAAGUCUUUGGUAGCGGUAUAAAUUCGGAUGGACAGAUUGGAUACCAUGACCCUCGUCGAAACAACCCAUUGUGUCUAGUAUUAGCGCCUGUGCCUGUGUACAUCCCAUACAAGAGUCCAAAAACUGUUGAGAUUCUUCAAUUGUCUGCGGGCAGAGCUCAUUGUGCAAUAUUAUCAACAGAAGGUGUUCAUUUCCUCGGACACAAUGCAUAUGGUCAGUGUGGCCGCCCUAUUGUUGAAAAUGAGGACUAUAUUAGGAACAAAGUGCCAUCUCAGGCUAUCAGACUCGGAAACGAAAAAAUAGUUAGUGUUUGCUGCGGACAAGAUCACAGUAUGUUUAUCACUGAAUCUGGGAAGGUGUAUGCUUGUGGAUGGGGGGCUGACGGACAAACUGGACUUGGUCAUCAUGAAAAUGAGUGGCAACCUUCGCUGGUCAAAGGUGAUAUUCAAGAUGAGAAAAUUGUAAAAAUUUCAUGCAAAUCGGAUUGUGUCCUAGCCUUGAAUGACAAAGGUGAUGUGUUUGCUUGGGGAAAUUCAGAGUACGGACAGCUUAUGAGAGAUGAUGCAAUACAGCAAGUGAAUGUUCCGAUGCAUAUGAAAAAAUUGAAAGGUCUUGGCAAGAUUUUGGAUAUCGCAUCAGGUGGCACUAACUGUGCGGUUAUCAAUGAGGAGGGCAAAGUAUUCACGUGGGGCUUCGGAAUUUUGGGAAAUGGACCAAAUGUGUACAGAAAUCCUGUUCCUACUCUUAUUCCCCCUCCACUGUUUGGCUGCAAUGAAAUUAGCCCGGAUACUAAAGUUGUACGAAUAGAGGCUGGAUUAACGCAUUUUGCGGCUAUCACUAAUUACGGGAACUUAUACACUUGGGGCCGCAAUCAAGAUGGCCAGUUGGGUUUAGGACACUUGAGGGAACAAUAUUUUCCUCUACAGGUUUCUCUCGGUGCCGUUGUGAAAGAAGUUUCCUGCGGAGUCGAUCACACUGUAGCAAUGGCCGAACCUUUUAUUUAAAUGUCAUUUUUAAUUUGCCAGUUCUGCAUUUGCUGAAGAAUCUAGUCAGAUCUCAUUCAAAGGAUUUACCAUCAUUUUAAUGUUUCAAUCCUUAAUGUAAGUAAAUCAUGUGAAUUUCAUCAAAGCCAGGACAUAGUAUAAAUAUUUACUAAGUUUAUUUUUAUUUUUGUAAAUCAUUGCAAUAAGCCUCCAAACAAGGUCUGAAUUAAAGCACUGCGCGAAAUAGUUUCUUUGUAAAAUUACACGGAGAAAAUGAACCUGGUAACGGGAAGUCUAGAAAUCAACUUCUUAACAAAUUUUAAUGUUCACAUUUAACAUUGGUUGAACAGCAAAAAUACAAAUGACGUCCAUUUUCUAAUCUAACUUCCAUUUGAUUACGUGUUGAUACCUGGUUUAGGAGUUAGUUUCUGAACCUCCCUUUGUUUAAAUUGUUUUCCAUGCAAGAUUUUGAUAUUUUCACCAACAACAUCAUUGUCUACAGUACCAUCAGAUAGAGUUGCAAUGAAGCAUCAUAAUUAUAUUUUCACCCUCAAAAUUUCAAACAGAACAUGGUUGUCGUGUUAAUAACUUUUCAAGUUCAAUUCAAAAAGAAAUUCUUGUCCUCUGAUUUUUUUGAUUCGAACUUCCCACUCGCCAAAAAAUUAAAAUCUACAUGAGUAUAUACGGUUUUGAAAAUUGUAUGUAUAAGAAUUUUGGGUCUAGAAUAAAUUUAGCAUUUUUCCCGAAAUAAUUUUGACAUAUGCUGAAUUUUUUCAUCAAAAAAAUACAAAUGCUGUGAAUUAGAGAAAGGGUAGGGUUUCAUAAAAAGGAAUCUCAGUUAUUUGAAAACAUUUUAAUAUACUUUUCCAUAGCUGAUUCUUAUACACAUUGAUUUUAGUGUUUACAGCAGCAGGGAGUCAGAAUUAAUUGAUUCUAAUGUAAACCAUAAAUGCAUGUUAAAGUUAGUAUCGUGACUUUUUAUCUUGUUCUUUGUUCUGUUUGAAGAUGAAGAAUAAUUCUUUUUGAUACUUCAAUUUUUACUCUGUUUCGUGGUCCAUCUAGAAGUUUUCUUCCGUGUUGUGAGGGAAACAUACUGCUAAGAAAUAAGGAACAAAGCAAACAUUUUGGAAACAGUUGUAUAUUUUCCAAAAUAAAUAAUACAAACAUGUAA